CUAUCAGGUUCAGUGCUAAAUUGCUAAUCUCGGGUUUUACUUCCUUCUUUUCCUUCUAAAGCCCAGAGAGACGCACAGAAAAACCCUAGGACGUGGGCCGGAGAGAGAAGAAGAAGAAGAAGAAGAAGAAAAUGUCAUCGACGUUGCUGGAGGUGACGAGGGCAGCACAUGAGGACGUGGAGCGGUUGGAGAGGCUGAUAGUGAAGGACCUCCAGAAUGAGCCGGCUACUAGCAAGGACCGCCUCUUUCAGAGCCACCGCGUCCGCAACAUGAUUGACACUAUCAUUUCCACCACCGAAAAACUCGUAGAGAUUUAUGAUGAUAACGAUAAUGCCAGGAAGGAUGAGAUUGCGGCUCUUGGAGGCCAAACUGCAACUGGAACAAAUGUGUUUAGUGCGUUUUAUGAUAGAUUGAAAGAGAUUCGUGAAUACCAUAGAAGGCAUCCAGCUGCUCGUGUUGUUGAUGCUACUGAGGAGUACGAGGCACUACUUAAAGAAGAACCUAUCAUCGAGUUUAGUGGAGAGGAAGCUCUUGGGCGGUACCUAGACUUGCAUGAAUUGUUUAACCUGUACAUUAAUUCUAAAUUUGGGGAGCCUUCUACCGAGUACUCUGCUUACCUUGAUAUUUUUUCACAACCGCAUAAGAUUCCUCGCAAACUAAAGUUGACAAGGCAAUACAGGGAAUAUACGGAGAAUCUAUUGGAAUACCUUGUAUAUUUUUUUCAGCGGACAGAGCCCUUGCAAGAUCUUGAUAGAAUAUUCUUGAAGGUUGAGGCUGAAUUUGAAGAGCAAUGGGCGAAUGGAAAUAUACAAGGAUGGGAGAAUGAGGGUCAAGAAAAUGGACAUGUUCCUGCUAUGCAUACUGUUAUUGACCUUGAUUAUUACAGUACAGUUGAAGAGCUGACGGAAUUCGGUCCGGAAAAGUUAAAAGAGGCAUUGGCUGCAUUAGGACUUAAGACUGGCGGUACUGUUCAGCAGCGUGCUGAAAGGCUUUUCCUUACAAAGCAUACACCUCUUGAGAAGUUGGACAAGAAGCAUUUUGCCAAAGGUGCACGUGCAUCACAACAAAACCAGGCUGCUGCAGUUCCAGAACAAGAUGACAAUGUAAAAGAAAUAGCCCUAUUGGAGACCAAAUUGAAAAAACUCUGUGACUUAUUGGACGAGACAAUUGCACGAACAAAAGACAAUGUCGUGAAGAAGCAGGCUUUGACAUAUGAGGAAAUUGAAGCAGAACGUGAGGAGGAAGAAACACAAGCUGAUACUGAAAGUGAUGAUGAUGAGCAGCAGAUUUAUAAUCCCCUCAAGUUGCCAAUGGGUUGGGAUGGGAAGCCAAUACCGUAUUGGCUGUAUAAGCUUCACGGUCUUGGUCAGGAAUUCAAGUGUGAGAUAUGUGGGAACUACAGUUACUGGGGCCGUAGGGCUUUUGAACGGCAUUUCAAGGAAUGGCGCCAUCAACAUGGGAUGCGCUGCCUUGGUAUUCCAAACACCAAGAACUUCAAUGAGAUCACAUCAAUUGAGGAAGCAAAAGAUCUGUGGAAGAAGAUACAAGAACGGCAAGGAGUGAACAAGUGGCGCCCAGAUCUUGAAGAAGAAUAUGAAGACAGAGAGGGCAAUAUCUACAAUAAGAAGACAUAUGCUGAUCUGCAGCGGCAGGGAUUGAUUUGAGGGGGGGAAAAAUCACAGUUACUAAUUAAAAAAUGUCUGUACUUUUGUUUCUAGGAAGUUUGGACUCUUCCCUUCGGGUUUUAAGCUACCUCUUCGCUUUGGUCAUGAUUUAUCGGUCCACCAAAGACACUUGUCGGAAAAUCUGUACACGAGAGAUCAACCCUUAAUGCAAUCAAAAUCUGUCCUAUAUCUGGAUUUUGUAA